CAAAAAUAAAAAUCGCGCGAAACUUGGAAGAAGUUCUUACAUAUUACUGUAAAAUCUAAGUAAAAUUGCAAACAUGGACGGAUUUAAUACUCCAAGGGCCGGCACACCUCAACGAACAAAAUUCAGACGUUUAGCAGCUUCUACCUCACCAGCAUACAGAAGUCCUUUAAUGAGCAAUGCAGUUAAAAAAGUGGACCCUAAACCUGAAAGCUUACCAUUGGACGAUUUGCGAAAAGCAACAAAGGAAUUAUUUUUGAAAAAUGAGAAGUUGAAAACAGACAUACGUAGUCUAGAAGAAAAAGGCUAUAAAGAAGAAGAUUUGAAAUGGUACAUUGACAAACUUCACGAGUACAAUGAAAUCAAGGAUGUUGCUCAGAUGGUUAUGGGAAGAAUAGCCAUUCUCACUCAAACUACGGUGAGAAAAGUUCACGAGAGCUUCGGGAUGACGGAUAGCGAUUGAUUACGUGAUUGGGGGUCCCAAGCAGACAGAGUUCUGGAGCAAUCGUGCAACCGAAGACAAAGGACUUGAUUCGUUGUUACAUUUCAUAACUUAAAAUUUAUUUAGAUUUGUGUUCACCUGGUUGUUUCAAGCUCAUUAGUUUGCUGCUCUCGAACAACUACUUCUGUG